UGAAGCUGAGGUCCGGGCGGCCGCGCCGAGCCAGGCAAGUCCGCGAGCUGCAGCCGCCUUCCAGCAGCGCCGCGGUGGAACCGGGCGCCGCCACCCAGCCCUCCCCGGUGCGACCCCCGCCGCCUGCCGGGCGCCAGCAGCAGCGGCAGCAGCGGGAGCGCCAGCAGCAGCGCCAGCAGCAGCGGCAGCAGCAGCUACAGCAGCAGCGACAGCAGCAGCGGCAGCGGCAGCGGCAGCAGCAGCCUCGGCCGCCCGGAGAGAAGGUGGAGGAAGAAGUCCAGCCUCCAGCACGCGCGCACCAUCAUGGACCAUUAUGACUCCCAGCAAACCAAUGACUAUAUGCAGCCCGAGGAGGACUGGGAUCGAGACCUGCUCCUGGACCCGGCCUGGGAGAAGCAGCAGAGAAAGACGUUCACAGCCUGGUGCAACUCCCACCUCCGCAAGGCCGGGACACAGAUCGAGAACAUCGAGGAGGACUUCCGGGAUGGUCUGAAACUCAUGCUGCUGCUGGAGGUCAUCUCAGGUGAGCGCUUGGCCAAGCCAGAGAGGGGCAAGAUGCGGGUGCACAAGAUCUCCAACGUGAACAAGGCCCUGGACUUCAUCGCCAGCAAGGGCGUCAAGCUGGUAUCCAUCGGAGCCGAAGAAAUCGUCGAUGGAAAUGUGAAAAUGACCCUGGGCAUGAUCUGGACCAUCAUCCUUCGCUUUGCCAUCCAGGACAUCUCUGUGGAAGAGACGUCUGCCAAGGAGGGGCUGCUGCUGUGGUGUCAGAGGAAGACGGCCCCCUACAAGAAUGUCAACAUCCAGAACUUCCACAUCAGCUGGAAGGACGGCCUCGGCUUCUGUGCCUUGAUCCACCGACACCGGCCCGAGCUCAUAGACUACGGGAAGCUGAGGAAGGAUGACCCGCUCACAAACCUCAACACAGCCUUUGACGUGGCCGAGAAGUACCUGGACAUCCCCAAGAUGCUGGACGCGGAAGACAUCGUCGGAACUGCCCGCCCAGACGAGAAGGCCAUCAUGACGUACGUGUCCAGCUUCUACCACGCCUUCUCUGGAGCCCAGAAGGCGGAGACUGCAGCCAACCGCAUCUGCAAGGUGCUGGCCGUCAACCAGGAGAACGAGCAGCUCAUGGAAGACUAUGAGAAACUGGCCAGCGAUCUGCUGGAGUGGAUCCGCCGCACCAUCCCCUGGCUGGAGAACCGGGUGCCCGAGAACACCAUGCAUGCCAUGCAGCAGAAGCUGGAGGACUUCCGCGACUACCGGCGCCUGCACAAGCCGCCCAAGGUGCAGGAGAAGUGCCAGCUGGAGAUCAACUUCAACACGCUGCAGACCAAGCUGCGCCUCAGCAACCGGCCCGCCUUCAUGCCCUCCGAGGGCAGGAUGGUCUCGGACAUCAACAAUGCCUGGGGCUGCCUGGAGCAGGCGGAGAAGGGCUAUGAGGAGUGGCUGCUGAAUGAGAUCCGGAGGCUGGAACGGCUCGACCACCUGGCAGAGAAGUUCCGGCAGAAAGCCUCCAUCCACGAGGCCUGGACGGACGGCAAGGAAGCCAUGCUGCGGCAGAAGGACUACGAGACGGCCACCCUGUCGGAGAUCAAGGCCCUGCUCAAGAAGCACGAGGCCUUCGAAAGUGACCUGGCUGCCCACCAGGACCGCGUGGAGCAGAUCGCGGCGAUUGCUCAGGAGCUCAACGAGCUGGACUAUUACGACUCACCCAGUGUCAACGCCCGGUGCCAAAAAAUCUGUGACCAGUGGGACAAUCUGGGGGCCCUGACCCAGAAGCGAAGGGAAGCCCUGGAGCGGACGGAGAAGCUGCUGGAGACCAUUGACCAGCUGUACUUGGAGUACGCCAAGCGGGCCGCGCCCUUCAACAACUGGAUGGAGGGGGCCAUGGAGGACCUGCAGGACACCUUCAUUGUACACACCAUCGAGGAGAUCCAGGGACUGACCACAGCCCACGAGCAGUUCAAGGCCACUCUUCCUGACGCCGACAAGGAGCGCCUGGCCAUCCUGGGCAUCCACAACGAGGUGUCCAAGAUCGUGCAGACCUACCACGUCAACAUGGCGGGCACCAACCCCUACACAACCAUCACGCCUCAGGAGAUCAAUGGCAAAUGGGACCACGUGCGGCAGCUGGUGCCCCGGAGGGACCAGGCACUGACGGAGGAGCACUCCCGUCAGCAGCACAACGAGAGGCUACGCAAGCAGUUCGGGGCUCAGGCCAACGUCAUCGGGCCCUGGAUCCAGACCAAGAUGGAGGAGAUCGGCAGGAUCUCCAUCGAGAUGCACGGCACGCUGGAGGACCAGCUCAGCCACCUGCGGCAGUACGAGAAGAGCAUCGUCAACUACAAGCCAAAGAUCGACCAGCUGGAGGGCGACCACCAGCUCAUCCAGGAGGCUCUCAUCUUCGACAACAAGCACACCAACUACACCAUGGAGCACAUCCGCGUGGGCUGGGAGCAGCUGCUCACCACCAUCGCCAGGACCAUCAAUGAGGUGGAGAACCAGAUCCUGACGCGGGACGCCAAGGGCAUCAGCCAGGAGCAGAUGAAUGAGUUCCGGGCCUCCUUCAACCACUUUGACCGGGAUCACUCCGGCACGCUGGGUCCCGAGGAGUUCAAAGCCUGCCUCAUCAGCUUGGGUUAUGAUAUUGGCAACGACCCCCAGAAGAAGACAGGCAUCAUGGAUACGGAUGAUUUCCGGGCCUGCCUUAUCUCCAUGGGUUACAACAUGGGGGAGGCCGAAUUUGCCCGCAUCAUGAGCAUCGUGGACCCCAACCGCCUGGGGGUGGUGACGUUCCAGGCCUUUAUCGACUUCAUGUCCCGCGAGACAGCCGACACAGACACAGCGGACCAGGUCAUGGCUUCCUUCAAGAUCCUGGCUGGGGACAAGAACUACAUCACGGUGGACGAGCUGCGCCGGGAACUGCCUCCCGACCAGGCCGAGUACUGCAUCGCGCGAAUGGCCCCCUACACCGGCCCCGACGCCGUGCCCGGUGCUCUGGACUACAUGUCCUUCUCCACGGCGCUGUACGGAGAGAGUGACCUCUAACCUGCCCCUGGGCCCGGAGCCCCCCACCUCCCCCCCCCCCCGCGCCCCGCCCCUCCCACUCCGUGCGCGCCCCGCCCCGCGCCCCCCUGCUGCCCUGCGCCCCUUCCCCAGCCUGGGUUUGGUGUCAGCGCUCGGCCAAAACAAAACGGGUGAGCUGAGACCCACGUGGCCUGGAGCCUCCCCUGCCCGCAAAGUGACAGUUUACAAAAUUAUUUUCUGCAAAAAAAAAAAGAAGAAAAAAAAAGUUAUGUUAAAAAAGGUUUUAAAAAGAAAAAAAAAGCAACCAAAAAGCCACAUAUUUUAUUAUAGAAGAAGUAUUUUUUUCUCCACCAGACUUAAAUGGAAAAGAGGAAAAGUUUAACUCUUUGCACCGAAAUGUUUUUGUGUUGUUGUGACAUAGGAAAAUAACCAAGCACAAUUCCGUAGUCCAUCCUGUCCAUCGUCCCCCACGCCGGCCUCUCGGCUGUUGCUCAGUUUUCCAGUCUCGGUCCCGCUCUGGGAAUGCGGGUGGGGGAGGGUGACCUCAAAAGGCACGUUGGUGCAUGUGUGUUUGCUUAGCUCACUUAUCCAUGAAAAUAUUUUAUGAUAUUAAAGAAAAUCUUUUGAAAUGGCUGUUUUUU